UGUGUGUGCUAGCGAGCGCGCGUGCAGGACCGAGAGCGAGCUAGCGCGCGCGUGAGAGAGAGUGUGUGUCUGUCUGUGUGUGUGUGUGUGAAAAUAGCAGACACAAGAGAGUGUCGGCAGGGGGACGAGGGAGGUCAUUUCUCUGCGAUGCCGAAUAAAGCGAAAAAAGAGAAGGAAACUCCAAAAUCUGGAAAAACGGGCAAAGCUGCUGGCAAAGAUGGACAAGAAAACUGCGAAAACGAGGCUAUUGGCAGAAAGAGCAGUGGGGGCAGCCCACCCCCUGCACAGCUGAUGAAGGGGAAGCAAACCGGGCCACAGACGCCCAUCAGGAAGGAGAAACGGCACAGCUCGUCCUGCUUCAGCUUGAGCAGCAACAGGGAGCUUCAGAAGCUGCCUGCCUUCAAAGAUGUCCCUCCUGCUGAGCAAGAGAAGCUGUUCAUCCAGAAGCUUCGGCAGUGCUGUGUCCUCUUCGACUUUGUGUCCGACCCACUCAGCGACCUCAAGUGGAAGGAGGUGAAGAGGGCGGCACUCAGCGAAAUGGUGGAAUACAUCACACACAACCGCAACGUCAUCACAGAGCCCAUCUACCCAGAGGUGGUGCACAUGUUUGCAGUGAACAUGUUCAGGACGUUGCCGCCAUCGUCCAACCCCACGGGGGCAGAGUUUGACCCCGAAGAAGAUGAGCCAACACUCGAGGCUGCAUGGCCUCACCUCCAGCUCGUCUAUGAGUUCUUCCUUAGAUUUUUAGAGUCUGCAGACUUUCAACCAAAUAUAGCUAAGAAGUACAUCGACCAGAAAUUUGUGAUGCAGCUUUUAGAGUUAUUCGACAGUGAAGACCCCCGGGAGAGAGACUUCUUAAAGACCACCCUGCACAGGAUUUAUGGCAAAUUUCUGGGCCUGCGCGCAUACAUCAGAAAACAGAUCAAUAAUAUUUUUUAUAGGUUCAUUUAUGAAACUGAGCACCAUAAUGGGAUAGCUGAAUUGCUGGAGAUCCUUGGAAGCAUAAUUAAUGGCUUUGCCUUACCAUUAAAAGAAGAGCACAAGAUUUUCCUGUUAAAGGUCUUGUUGCCUUUGCACAAAGUCAAGUCCCUUAGCGUCUACCAUCCACAGCUGGCAUACUGUGUGGUCCAGUUCCUAGAGAAAGACAGCACUCUCACUGAACCGGUGGUCAUGGCCCUUCUCAAAUACUGGCCCAAGACUCACAGUCCAAAGGAGGUGAUGUUCCUCAAUGAGCUGGAGGAGAUCCUGGACGUGAUCGAACCUUCGGAGUUCGUGAAGGUCAUGGAGCCACUAUUCCGCCAGCUGGCCAAGUGUGUCUCUAGCCCACACUUUCAGGUAGCGGAGCGCGCACUGUACUACUGGAACAACGAGUACAUCAUGAGCCUCAUCAGCGACAAUGCGGCCAAGAUUCUCCCAAUCAUGUUCCCAGCGCUGUACCGCAACUCCAAGACCCACUGGAACAAGACCAUCCAUGGCUUGAUCUACAAUGCCCUGAAGCUGUUCAUGGAGAUGAACCAGAAGCUCUUUGAUGACUGCACACAGCAGUUCAGGGCAGAGAAGAAUAAAGAAAAGGCUAAAUUGAAAGAGCGUGAGGAGGCAUGGAUCAAGAUUGAGAACUUGGCCAAAUCAAACCCACAGUUCCUUAAGUACGUUGAUUCCUCUGGCCUCAGCACUCCAGUAGAAAUGGAGACAGACGGCCCGUUGAUAGAGGAUAUUCUGACGUUUAAAAAGACCGUAGAGGAUGAAGCGAUAACGCAGAAUCCGAAAGACCAGCGGAAGGAGCGGCCCCUCAUGCGACGCAAAUCUGAGCUGCCUCAGGAUAUCUACACCAUGAAAGCCUUGGAAUCCCAUCGCCGCGCCGAAGACAUGCUGACCACCCGUGACGGGCACUGAUCCUGCCCUUGUGCCCCCCCCCAACUCACCUCACCCCUGUGGAGUCUGACCGUAUUUAAAGUAUUGGCACAGGAACCAUGCAGCAUACCCCUCACCCAGUUCCAACCCAAUUCUGCCUCCCCAUCCCACUCAUCAUGGGUUCUGCUUCUCAGGUGUUCCGUUCUGCUAGUCUUUGUUCCGUCUCUGUUCUCCUCUCCCUUUAAAGCACAUGCUUGUGCCCCCACCUCCCCGCCCCGUCCUUUCCAAACGUAAAUAAAAGAUUGUCUGUUAACAAAAGCUCUGGCAAAAGUCAGUCAGUAAGACAGUGGCCUGCGGAGCCCUGGUGGCCCCGAGGUUCAGACGUGGAGCUGAGAGAGGUGUGAGGUUCUGCAGCGUUAUUGUUUCAAAGGGAACAAACAAGCAAAACCCACAGUUGGGGAGCGACUUUUUUUUUUUAUCUUCAUAAUACCCAGGGACAGCUGCCAGCGGCAUAAGCUUUCUGAUUAUUUUGAAUACAUUGGUAUUUUAUAGUGAGAUUUUAACUGGGGGUGGGCUGGGUCCAUUAGGGGCUUUUGUAAUGGCUUUGGACAUUUUGACACAUGCUGAACCACACAUCCAAAAUUCCCUCAGGCCAGGUUUUCAAACUGAAAUGAAGGGUCUAGUGCCCCCCCCCCCCCCCAACUUAUUUUUGGAACCAUUUCUCCGUCGAAAUGACAGUUCUGUGCCAUACCAGCUGCUUCUUUCUCUCGUCUCUCUGUCUGUCUGUCCAGCAGCAUGUAAACAGAGGUUCAAACAAUGGUACACGCAUCCCGAGGAAAAAACACCCGGGCUCUGUGGCAGGUGUCGCAUUAGUCUUUGUUUGUAAACUUGGUUGACCUGUUCACUGCUUGAAUAUGAGGGUCUUUUCUAACCAUUGUUGCAUUGCGAAGGUCGACUUUAAGCGUAACUGUGACCGCAGACAGAGCUACAGACCUCAUCACCUUCACCGCGCAUGCAGCAUAACAUUUACUGCUGUUCUCAGUACAUUCCAGUGACCAUGUCUAUUGUAAUGGCUGUUCAUGCUGUCCUUUUAAUUUUAUUGCUUGGGUGAAGCAUGCACUAAUUCCACAGGUGGGGAGUCAACCUUCUCCUGGCGUCUUACCUGUAACAACUGGAUUGCACCUGUAUUCAGGUCUGGAGGGGCUGUACCAGCAAACUGCUGGGUAUUAGUACAGGAGCUACGUGUGCUGCUCGACAUAUUAAACGGUGUGUAGGCUGAGGGUAAUUUUGUCCUCCUUUCCCAAAACUCCCCAGGGAAACAUAACCUUUAAGGUAUUUCCACUCAAAGUGGAGGCUCAACCAGUUUUUGGGGAGGGGGUUAGUACACUCAGCAUGGAUGAAGAGCAGGUUCUCUGCUGAGUUCCCAAGUCUCCGCUUUUGGACCAUGUCAGAUCAAAGGACUGUUACUCUUAUUACAAUAGUGAGGUGUGGAGCUGCCCUUCACUUGAAAGAUCUCUUAUAGUGCCUUUGGACAGACGGUGGGACUUUACUGGCCUAAAGCAGAGGUAUCAGCUGUGAAAGCCAAACCACAUUUAACUAGCUUUUGGUUAGGUGUGAAUAUAGACAUGCAUUUACGCAGAAACAAUUACCUGUACGUACUCAUUUGUUGACAUGUUUUGGAGCAUUCCUUUAUUAAAUCAUGCAUUUCUAAAUGCGGAUUAAGCCCUUGUGCAAAAAAAAAAAAAACUCAGCAAAAUACCAUACUGAGCUACCGAAGCACUUCCCGUUAAAUCUGAAGGAAGAAAGUUGUUUUUGGAAUCCCAAGUGAAGCAGUUCUUUAUGUGUAGAUGGUUUUUUACAUUUGGAGGCAAUUGUUUACUUGCAAAUAAAUUCCAGCGUAGCAUGCCAUGUUACCCGCCACCCCCACCAUCCCCAAAGUGAGGAUAGUUUGGUGCUUUUUUUUUCUCCCCCUUUGUUUCCUGGAGCUGUUAUCUCUGCAUACCAUUGUUUGAACUUCCAUCUUUGUCAAGCAGUUUAUUUUUAUUUUUAGCUUGGGUGUUUGUGUGAGGUGUUACUGAAGUUUGUAUGACUUUCCUCACAUCCUACUCAACCAUGUAUAUGAACACUUGGUUGAAUCAAACGUAUCAAAUAAAAUGCGAUGUUAAGUGUUUUUCUUUUUUUAAAUUGCGAAAGAAUAACAUUCAACAAUGGUUGCCCUCUUUCUCGAAAAAAAAGCAUAAGGAUUGGAAUCAAUUUGGUCAGAAUUAACCUUUGUUACAAACAUCGUAUACGAAUCUAUGACUGAAUACAUAUUGGAGAAACGUUUCUCAUAUUUAUCCCCCAGUCGCUUUACUUUAGCUUCCAUUGAAGGUUCUGCUUUUACACCUGCAUUUCAAAAAAAAGGAAAAAAAGAAAAAAAAAAUGACAAGUGUCCUUUAGUAUGAGACCUGUACUAAAUGGCUUCAUUCAAUAUUGUACAUAUAAUGUACUUUGUUUUAUGUAGUGUUAUAUCUAUUAAACAGUAGAUUUCAUAUUUUGUACAAAAUGGUCCUAUGUACAGAAUAAGACAUUAUUGUGGCACAGAUGUUGACCUGUGCCUGUAACUAUCUGCAUUAGAAAUGUUAAAAGUUAAAGUCUAAUAUUUUUAUCAGUUUGUAAUUCAAAAUUUGUUCCCACAUUGCUGUCUGUGACAAGAAUCUUCAUACAUUAGCCUUUGUGUGCUUUUAUCCAAUUCUCAAGUGGUGUACAUCUAUAUAGAAUAAAUAAAGAGAACAUGUGGAUUUUAUAUUUUCAUCCUAAAACAA